CAACGGCGAAUUUGAAUAGCAAACCGAAAUUUGUUAUUGAUCAAAGACGUUUCUCCAGAUCGCAACUUACCUGGGACUGGCAUUGAUCGCUGUCGUCACUAUUGUGUACAUGUUAAUUCAACGCCAGUUCACUUACUGGGAAAGGAAAGGCCUGCCGUAUGUAAAAUCUGAAUCCUACUUGGGAACUUACGCUGACAUUAUAAAGAGCAAGAAGUCCGUGGCUGAAUUGCAGAGAGAACUGUACAGCAGACUAAAAGCAGAGAGAUUUGGCGGCAUAUGCGAACUCCUUUCGCCGAGAUUGUUCAUCGCCGAUCCAGACCUACUUCGGGACAUAAUGACGAAGAAUUUCGACUCCUGGACCAGCCGUGGAAUGGAGAUAAAUCCGGACGUGGAUCCGCUCUCCCAGCAUGUAGUCAUGCUCGAAGGUAAGAAGUGGAAGGGAGUGAGAGCAACGUUGACCCCCACCUUCACAUCGGCGAGACUGAAGCACAUGCACUACCUUCUCCUGGAGUGCGCCAAGGACUUGGAAAAAUACCUUGACUCGCUGGCUCGGAGAAACGAGCCCUUCGAAUCCAGGGAGGUCAGCGCCAAGUUCACCACAGACGUAAUUGGCUCUUGCGUAUUUGGAAUUCAAAUGAACUCGUUGGGCGACGAAGAUGCAGCCUUUCGUAAGAUGGGAAGAAAGAUUGUAGAGGCCACAUUCCGGUCACGAAUCGCGCUGCUGAUUCAGGGCAGUUCUCCGUGGUUGUUCAAGAAAUUGAAGCUCUCCCUGACACCACUAGCUGUAGAAGAAUUCUUCAUCAAAAUUACAAAGCAGGCCUUCGACUACAGAGAGAAGAACAACGUGCAGAGGCACGACUUCAUAGACCUUCUUAGGAAACUCAGAAACGUCGACCAGCCACACGGCGAGGACGAAAUAGUGUUCGAUGACGGUCUUCUAACUGCCCAAGCGUUCGUUUUUUUUUGGGCCAGUUUUGAGAGGAGCUCUACGUCGAUUGGAUACGCCCUUCACGAGCUGGCUGUUAAACAGGACAUUCAAGAUCGUCUUCGGGAAGAAUUGCGCGAGAUUAAAGCCGCUAACAAUGGUGAACUCACCUGGGAUGGACUGCAGAGUAUGAAGUUCCUUGGCAUGGUAUUUCAAGAAACAUUGAGGAAAUAUCCACCAAUCCCGCAAGUCGGCUGAGUAUCAGUGAAGCCCUACCAACUUCCUGGAACAGACGUGGUUCUACCAAUGGGAUCUAAAUGCAUAAUUCUCAUAUACGCCGUCCACCACAACGCGGAAUUCUACCCUGACCCAGAGAGAUUCAUCCCG